AUGAAGUACGCUAUGGCUCUCGCCACCGUUGUGGCCGUCGCCAGCGUUGCCACCGCCGCCCCAAACGCCGAAGCUGAGCGAAAGGUCCACAUCAACUGGUGUGGUAUCCCCGGUUCCACCUGUUGGCGCAAGCGUGAGGCCGAGGCUGGCCCCGAAGCUGAGCGGAAAGUCCACUUCAACUGGUGCGGUAUCCCUGGUUCCACCUGUUGGCGCAAGCGUGAGGCCGCCGCCGAGGCCGACCCCGAAGCUAAGUACCAUGAGCGGAAAGUCCACGUCAACUGGUGCGGUAUUCCCGGCUCUACCUGUUGGCGCAAGCGCUCCGAAGAGGCCGGCCUUGCCGCCGGCACCUUCGACGCCGACACCGACUAUCCCAUUCUGACCUUCACCGGCGAAGACAACUCCACCUUCGUCACCAGCGACCCCUUCGGCGCAUGUGGUGCCCCCGGCGAGCCGUGUGACAUGGUCAAGCGCGCCGCCCUCGCCAUCAACGACAUCCUCAAGAAGCACGCCGACGCCGACAUCGAGGAUCGCCGCGGCCGCCCCGGCUCGCUCUGCGACCGCAAGCAUCAAGAGCUCGGCGCCAUCGCCGACUACGCCCUGAACGGCUACGACUUCGUCCUCGAGGGCGAAUCCCGCGCUGAAGCAUUGGCCGGCGCCGGCUACGCCCCCGAAGGCAGCGAGGAAGCCGAGCUCCCCAGCGCCCUCAUCGACUACUGCGAUCAACCCGGCGCCGUGUGCGCCCGCGCCCGCACCGCGCACCCGGAGAAGCGCGAGCUCGCCAAACGCUGCCAACGCUGCCACGGCAAGUGCAACGCAGGCGAGAAGGCAUGCCACAAGUUCCAGCACUGGGCGUACCGCAUGAACCACCCAGGCAAAUACCACCACCCCCACCCCAAGCCCGCGACCCGCACGACCCUGAUCGGCUCCCAUCUGGACCACAAGCCCGGCACAGAUUGGUGCGCCGGCCUGGCCGUCGGCUCGCCAUGCUACAAGAAGCGCAACGCCUCGCCCGAAGAGCAGGCCGAGGUUUCGCAGCCGGGCGGGCUCGAGGACACGCUGGUGGAGAUCAAGGGCGCGCUCGCGGCCAUCAAGCGCGACGCGGAGGAGGAGAAGAAGGUGCACGCCCACGACCCCGAAGCCAAGUGGCGCCACUGCGAGAAGGGGCGCUGCUCUCCCAUUACGCACGCGCAUUUGCACGCCGAGAAGCAUAACCCCGAUCAGGCGGAGCGCGCGCAUCGCUUUGCUUGGGGCCCGUAUGGGCCUUCUUCCGGCGCCAUGCCGUACUUCAAUGAACUCGAGAGGCGCGUUGACGCGGCCGUUGACACGUUGGAGGAGUAG